GGCAAAAGGCGGGAUCUAGUGAUCGGAGUCUGCCGGACGAGCUCGGGGUGGAGAGCAGCGUGGUCCGUCCUGUGACUGACUGACACCCUCCGGGGAAAAAGUUACUCUGAGUUCGUGGACAAACUGCCAACAUGUCUGGAGAUGACGAGACACAGGAGCAGACCAUCGCCGAUGAUCUGGUGGUCACCAAGUACAAGAUGGGAGCCGAGAUUGCGAAUCAGGCCCUGAAGAUAGUUGUCGCAGCAGCUACGGCUGGAGCCUCUGUGCUCUGCCUGUGUGAAAAGGGAGAUGCCUUCAUUGUGGAAGAGACUGGAAAAAUCUUCAAGAAGGAAAAAGAAAUGAAGAAAGGUAUUGCUUUUCCUACUUGUGUGUCAGUCAACAACUGUGUAUGCCAUUAUUCCCCUCUGAAGAGUGACCCUGACAUCAUACUAAAGGAUGGGGACCUUGUCAAGAUUGACCUGGGCAUUCAUGUUGAUGGCUUCAUCUCAAAUGUGGCUCACAGCUUAAUUGUUGGGGUGACCAAGGACAACCCAGUGACAGGGAGGAAGGCAGAUGUCAUCAAAGCUGCACACCUCUGUGCUGAGGCUGCCCUGCGUCUUGUCAAGCCAGGAAACCAGAACACACAGGUCACAGAAGCCUGGAACAAGAUUGCAAAGUCAUUCAAGUGCGCCCCUAUUGAGGGCAUGCUGUCUCAUCAGCUCAAACAACACGUGAUUGAUGGGGAGAAAACCAUCAUCCAAAACCCAACCGACCAGCAAAAAAAGGACCAUGAGAAAGCUGAAUUUGAGGUACAUGAGGUAUAUGCUGUGGAUGUCCUCAUCAGCACUGGAGAGGGGAAGGCAAAAGAUGGAGCUCAGAGGACCACUGUUUACAAACGAGACCCCAACAAAGUGUACGGUUUGAAGAUGAAGACAUCCCGAAUGUUCUUCAGUGAGGUGGAGAGACGCUAUGAUUCCAUGCCUUUCACUUUAAGAGCAUUUGAGGAUGAAGGAAAGGCAAGGUUGGGUGUUGUGGAGUGUGCCAAGCAUGAGCUACUGCAGCCGUUCAACGUGCUGUAUGAGAAGGAGGGUGAAUUUGUUGCCCAGUUCAAGUUCACUGUGCUUCUCAUGGCCAAUGGUCCUCUGCGAAUCACCAACAGCCUCUUUGAGCCAGACCUCUACAAAUCUGAGUUAGAGGUGGAGGACCCAGAGUUGAAGGCAUUGCUUCAGAGCUCUGCAAGCCGUAAGACUCAGAAGAAGAAGAAAAAGAAGGCUUCGAAGACUGUUGAGAACGCAACAAGGCAGGCGAUGGAGACGGAGGCUGCAGAAUAAAUUAAUUCUAGAAAUUCUGAUGACCCAAAGAACAGAUGUCAUUGAUCGUUCGGUCCCAGCUGUCUGAGGCACUUGCAGGCAGAGCCCCUGUGGAAACCUCUGAAUCCGAUGUCAGUCUGGGAUGAUGCUGCUCCUAAAUUUACUCCACUCCACUUUCAACACACGUGCACCCAGUAAAUUUCGCUGUCCAUGAGACAGGUUCAUUCCCUUAACAGUGGACGUUAUUCUGCUGCGAGAAGGGAUAUUUUGUGCAAAAGCAUAUCUUUAACAUCGACCUAUUUGACUGACAUUGAGCCUUCAUCCAUUUAUCCACAUUGACUGUAGUGAAAGAUAUGAAAAAUAAAGUUACCUUGAUAGAGUGGCAAGGGAUGAUAAAUGCACAAUGUGUCAGUGUAACUGUGUGGCAUUUAGUUAACUUCCUUGAAGACAUAAGCCUGAAGCCAUGCUGAGUGUUGACCUGUUGUGGGUUAUGUGUAACACUUAUUGAAACAUGAAAUUCACAUAACUUCUAAGCAUGGCAUCCUUUAAUUAUCAUUACUGAUGACUUUCCUGCAUUUAUACUACUCUUGCUUAGGUCUGUCUAAAAGUACAUUGUAUACUUCUAGUUACUCAGCUGUCAAUUUCUGAAACUGACAUUUUAGGACCUACCAGCUGAGUAAUUUAACUAGUUAAAUAUUUUUUUUAGGUUGUGGAGGGUCUAACUCCUGCCAAGGGUUUAGCAUUCAGUCUUCGGGUGCCACCACUGAGUCUGACAGUCUGUGUUUACAUAAGAAGUCCAUACCUGUAAAAUAUAUGGAUGCUUUUGUAAAACAAAACCCACCUUCAGAGACUAUUUUUGGGAACAUUAAAAAGCCACCUGACAUCA